GGCUCGUGAGGUGAGCCUUUCCAGGGUUCUGUGCUCGCGUGGAGGGGGCACACACAAUGACCUUUCCCUCCUCAGGAAGCCCUAAAAGGGAGAGGCCACCCCCAGCGAGCGCCCACCCUGUGCUGAUGGUUUUCAGGGACUUGUUGGCAACUCAGCGAGGGUUGCCAUAGCUUUUUUAUGUAGGGUGACCAGAACCGGCUGAAACUGGUUUGAGGCAGAUCAGCUCCUGAACACAAUGCAGUCACUGAGCUACAGUGGGAUAGCAGCUUCCUCCCUUCAUGGCAGCCAAAAGCAGAGGAGCUUGCAGGAAGGUACCAUCCCAACCCAGUAUGUAAAUGCACACUUAGACACCACACAGCACUGGUACGUGACUAAUGGAGCCCUAAAAGAGCCUGUGUAGGGAUGAUGGGCGAGAGGUGAAGGUUUGCAGUGGCUGAGACGAGUUGGGCUGUUCCUGCCUUUUGCUUUUGCUUAAGGGAUGGACAAGGAGCUGAGAUUUAUGACCCUUAUUAAAGAAAAAAAAAGUAUGUGUCUUGUUAGGGUGGGGACACUUGGUUUGUGCAGUCUCUCUCUCUCUCUCUCUCUCUCUCUCUCUGUUUUUAAGGAAACAACCAGAAUGAACUGACGGAUUUGUGAUGGUGGUUUGUUGCUGGAGAAUGCUACUUUGCAUGCCUUUUUCUCUUGCAGGCUAUGUUCUGUUUUGUGCUUUUCCUUUUAGAUGCUACUAAAGGGUGUUGGGGAUUCUUGGGACUAUUAUGAAGGCCAAAAGGCCUGUUGACUGGGGCUGCUUUUAACCCUUUCAUAUUUGCAGAGAAUGCAACCGUGUGACAGUAACUGAGCACUGGUCCAAAGUCUUUUCAAAAGGUCAAGGUUCACAAGAACAUCUGAUCAAAUUCAUGACCAUGGGGGAUAUGAAGACCCCGGACUUUGAUGACCUCUUGGCAGCAUUUGAUAUACCAGAUAUGGUCGAUCCCAAAGCAGCGAUUGAGUCUGGCCAUGAUGACCAUGAAAGCCACAUUAAGCAGAAUGCUCAUGUGGAUGAUGACUCUCACACUCCUUCAUCCUCGGAUGUUGGCGUCAGUGUGAUCGUGAAGAAUGUUCGAAACAUCGACUCCUCUGAGGGAGUUGAAAAAGACGGCCACAAUUCCACAGGCAAUGGCUUGCAUAACGGGUUUCUCACAGCGUCCUCUCUUGACAGCUAUGGUAAGGAUGGAUCAAAGUCCUUAAAAGGAGACGCACCUACCUCAGAGGUGACUCUUAAAGACCCAGCCUUCAGCCAGUUCAGCCCUAUCUCCAGCGCUGAAGAGUUUGAUGAUGAUGAGAAGAUAGAGGUGGACGACCCUCCUGAUAAGGAAGAUACACGGUCCAGUUUCAGAUCAAAUGUGUUGACGGGUUCAGCUUCCCAGCAGGACUACGAUAAGCUAAAGUCCCUUGGAGGGGAAAACGCAAGCAAGACUGGCGUCUCUACAUCAGGCCAUGUGGAGAAAAACAAAGUCAAGAGAGAGGCAGAAACAAACUCCAUAGCCCUGAGUGUUUAUGAGCCUUUUAAGAGAAAAGCAGAGGAUAAGUUGAAGGAGAACUCUGAGAAGAUGCUUGAGAACAGGGUCCUUGACGGGAAGCUGGGCUCUGAGAAGAAUGAUUCCAGCCUUGCUGCUGUCACAUCUUCCAAAGCGAAGUCAUCCUCCAAGCUCUCCUCGUGCAUAGCUGCCAUCGCAGCACUGAGUGCUAAAAAGGCAGCUUCGGAUUCCUGCAAAGAACCUGUGGCCAACUCAAGGGAAGCUUCUCCAUUACCAAAGGAAGUGAAUGACAGUCCCAAACCCGCCGACAAGUCUCCCGAGUCCCAGAAUCUCAUUGAUGGCACCAAGAAAGCCUCCCUGAAGCCAUCGGAUAGUCCCAGGAGCGUAUCCAGUGAGAACAGCAGCAAAGGCUCCCCGUCCUCUCCUGUGGGGUCUACCCCAGCAAUCCCCAAAGUCCGUAUCAAAACCAUUAAGACAUCUUCUGGGGAGAUCAAGAGAACAGUGACCAGAGUGUUGCCAGAAGUGGAUCUGGAUGCUGGGAAGAAGCCUUCUGAGCAGGCAGCAUCCGUGAUGGCAUCUGUGACGUCGCUUCUCUCAUCUUCAGCGUCAGCUGCUGUCCUUUCUUCUCCCCCCAGGGCACCUCUGCAGACGGCCAUGGUUACCAGUGCAGUUUCCCCAGCAGAGCUGACCCCCAAACAGGUCACCAUCAAGCCCGUGGCUACUGCUUUCCUUCCUGUGUCUGCUGUCAAGACGGCAGGGUCUCAAGUCAUCAAUCUGAAGCUCGCUAACAACACGACAGUGAAAGCCACAGUCAUAUCUGCUGCCUCUGUUCAGAGUGCCAGCAGCGCCAUCAUCAAAGCUGCCAAUGCCAUCCAGCAGCAAACCGUUGUGGUGCCAGCAUCCAGCCUGGCCAAUGCCAAACUCGUGCCAAAGACUGUGCACCUUGCCAACCUUAACCUUCUGCCUCAGGGUGCCCAGGCCACCUCUGAACUCCGCCAAGUGCUAACCAAACCUCAGCAACAAAUAAAGCAGGCAAUAAUCAAUGCAGCGGCCUCCCAGCCACCUAAAAAAGUGUCCCGAGUCCAGGUGGUGUCAACCUUACAGAGUUCUGUGGUGGAAGCCUUCAACAAGGUGCUGAGCAGCGUCAAUCCAGUCCCUGUUUACAUCCCGAACCUCAGUCCUCCUGCCAAUGCAGGGAUCACGUUACCGAUGCGUGGGUAUAAGUGCUUGGAGUGUGGGGACUCCUUCGCCCUGGAAAAGAGCCUGAGCCAGCACUAUGACAGGCGUAGUGUGCGCAUCGAAGUAACGUGCAACCACUGUACAAAGAACCUUGUUUUUUACAACAAAUGCAGCCUCCUUUCCCAUGCUCGAGGGCAUAAGGAGAAAGGCGUGGUGAUGCAGUGCUCCCACUUAAUCCUAAAACCGGUCCCAGCAGACCAGAUGAUAGUGUCUCCGUCUAGCAAUACCACCACUUCCACUCUGCAGAGCUCCGGGGGAGCUGGCACACACACUGUAACCAAAAUCCAGUCUGGCAUCACUGGGGCGGUUAUUUCCGCACCUCCAAGCACACCCAUCAGCCCAGCCAUGCCUCUAGAUGAAGAUCCCUCCAAGCUCUGUAGACACAGUCUCAAAUGUUUGGAGUGUAAUGAAGUCUUCCAGGAUGAGACGGCUCUGGCUACGCACUUCCAGCAUGCUGCAGAUACAAGUGGACAAAAGACUUGCACUGUCUGCCAGAUGCUGCUUCCUAACCAGUGCAGCUAUGCUUCACACCAGAGAAUCCAUCAGCACAAAUCUCCCUACACCUGCCCCGAGUGCGGGGCCGUCUGCAGGUCGGUGCACUUCCAGACCCACGUCACCAAGAACUGUCUGCACUACACACGGAGAGUUGGUUUUCGAUGUGUACAUUGCAAUGUUGUGUACUCUGAUGUGGCCGCACUGAAGUCUCACAUUCAAGGCUCUCACUGUGAAGUCUUCUACAAGUGCCCUAUCUGUCCAAUGGCGUUUAAGUCCGCCCCAAGUACACACUCCCACGCCUACACGCAGCAUCCUGGCAUCAAGAUAGGCGAACCAAAAAUAAUCUAUAAGUGUUCCAUGUGCGACACUGUGUUCACCCUGCAGACCUUGCUGUAUCGCCACUUUGACCAGCACAUUGAAAACCAGAAGGUGUCUGUUUUCAAGUGUCCAGACUGUUCUCUUUUAUAUGCACAGAAGCAACUUAUGAUGGACCAUAUCAAGUCUAUGCAUGGAACAUUGAAAAGUAUUGAAGGGCCUCCAAACUUGGGUAUAAACUUGCCUUUGAGCAUUAAACCUGCAACUCAGAAUUCAACAAACCACAGCAGAGAGGAUGCCAAGGCUAUGAAUGGGAAAGAGAAAUUGGAAAAGAAGUCUCCAUCUCCUGCAAAGAAAUCCACAGAAUCGAAGAAGACGGCCAGUCUCGGGUGGACGUGUUGGGAGUGUGACCGUCUGUUCACACAGAGGGAUGUGUAUCUCUCUCACAUGAGGAAGGAACAUGGGAAGCAAAUGAAGAAGCAUCCUUGCCGCCAGUGUGACAAGUCUUUCAGCUCCUCCCACAGCCUGUGCCGCCACAACCGCAUCAAGCACAAAGGCAUCAGGAAAGUGUACGCCUGCUCACACUGCCCAGACUCCCGGCGGACAUUCACCAAGCGGCUGAUGCUGGAGAAGCACAUACAGCUGAUGCACGGCAUCAAGGACCCCGACGUGAAAGAGCUGAGUGAAGCUUCCAACGACGAGGAGGAAACCGAAACUGAGAUAAAGGAAGACGCCAAGGCUCCCAGUCCCAAGCGGAAAUUGGAAGAACCGGUUUUAGAGUUCAGGCCUCCCAGAGGAGCCAUCACUCAGCCUCUGAAAAAGCUGAAAAUCAACGUCUUUAAGGUUCACAAGUGUGCCGUGUGUGGCUUCACCACAGAGAACCUUCUGCAGUUCCACGAACACAUCCCUCAGCACAAGUCGGACGGCUCCUCAUACCAGUGCCGGGAGUGUGGGCUCUGCUACACCUCCCAUGUCUCCCUGUCAAGGCACCUCUUCAUCGUUCACAAGCUGAAGGAGCCUCAGCCCGUGUCCAAGCAGAACGGGGCUGGGGAAGACAGCUUGCAAGAGAAUAAGCCCGGCCCCGAGGACGAAGCCGCCGAGGGCGCAGCAUCAGACAGGAAGUGCAAAGUGUGCGCCAAGACUUUUGAAACGGAAGCUGCCUUAAACACACACAUGCGGACACAUGGCAUGGCCUUCAUCAAAUCCAAAAGAAUGAGUUCAGCUGAGAAAUAGCCACAGAUCUUCCACAAGAGAAGCCCUGUCACAUAGGAAUUGGAAACAAGACUUUUUUGUUACCAAAAGUUUGCAGUAAAACAGAGUUGACAGUACUAUCUGGGCUGUCGCAAUAUGUUCUCUGUCCUGUCCCUCACCUCCUCAGAUGUAUCCCUCCCCAUAAGUAUUAAGGCAGUAUUUGAGUUUUAAAGAGUUUGUAUAUAUUUAAAUAACUUUUUAUACUCUUUGUUACAUGUUUGUAUCAGUAUUUGGUGGAAAAUGUUUUGAGGUUUUUUUUUGAUUUGUUUUGGGUUAGAGUUUUCCUUUUUUGUACCGUUUCUUUAAAGCAGAGUUCUUCGUAACAGGGGCAGUUCCUGAAUUCAAACCAACCAUUUUGUAUGUUACAAAUUUGAAUGAGUUCAGUAAUUACAGGCUAACAUGCCUUUUUUAGUGUUUUUAAUUUUUAGAACUCACCACAUAAAUUAUAGGUGAUUGUGGGUCUCACAACACUGGCCACUCUUAAGUGUCUUAGCACCACACUCAGCGUGCCUGUUCCUAGCCACUGAGGGCUCCGAGGACAACAGCACCCAGGUGAGGGGUGAGGCCUGAACCCUCCUGCACAGCAUCCAAAGUGGCCCUGCCGGUCCCUGGUCCCUGCUUCCUCCAGAGUAAGUAAAAGAGGCCAGGAGUCCAGCAGGGAAUGCAGGCAUCCUUAAUCCACCUGGAGGAAUGAGGAAGAGGGGAUCCAGACAGGGGAGAAAACAGCUGGCGAUUUUUCUGGGUGAACUUGCGAGGCUGACUCACAGAGCAGGCUGACUCAUAGAGCGUGCUGAGACAGGCUAGGAAAAGGCCGGCCUACUGUCCAAGUUGAAAGACAUAGUUAGACCUGUAGCUCUCUAGUCAAGUUAUGUCACGUGACUCGCCAACUCCUGCAGAGACUGGUAGUUCCCGGAUGUCAAGUACUUCUCUGGCUCUUGACAGGAACAGAAAGGCACGGUUGACUUAACCCUUUGCUGUCUACACAGUUGGUGUUUCCUGUUCUGGGUGCUACUGCCAAAUGUCCUGGUACUUAGAGCUGGGAUGCACAACUUUACCGCUGACCUAGCAAUGCAGCAGCCUGUCCUCUGCAAUUGGCCACAAGAUGAAGCCCUGAGCCACCAGGCUUCUAGAGUUUCCACACCCUCUCCCGACCGCCUGACUGGAGCACUGUGGAGGUGUCCUCCUGUCACUUCCCUGGACAGUUCUCUGGGAAAGCUGUAUAUUUUGGUUAUCAUUUUGUGUUUUCCGUUGCAUUUUAUAUCUUGUAUUUAUCUCCAGAUAGGUUUUGUACUUUUUUGGUUUGUUUUCCUAGGCCAAGAAAUUCAUUUGUGUAUAUAGAUACUUGCAUGCUAGACUGUAGUCAACGUUCAGUUCCUUGGAAGGUCUUGCUGCUGUUGGGUGUGCUAGCCACAUCCAUUGUGACUGUAUUCAACCCAUUUCACAUGUAAAUAAACAAGGAACAUCUGG